AAGAGGGUUUUUUACUGGAGGUUUCUUCCUGUCAGAGACACAUGUAGAACAAGCUGCCCGCGGAUCCACCGUCGUAUUUCCUGUGCUCCGUUAUUCGCGUCAUAAUCUCGGUUUGUGCCGCUCUUCUCUGCUCUUUUGGGGAACUUUACUGUCUCGGAGACCUAAUCAUCCUGCGAUGGACAGCUUUGGGUCCGUCAUCGGCCACAAAUCGCUUUCAGAAAAGCAGGAACCGUCCGCUGGAAAUACUAUCUGAUAACUCCAUUUGCUCCGCUGUACGAGUCGCGAGCUCGCUGCCGCGCGGGGCUGGACACCGACGGCGCACUUUUUUAUUUAUUUAUUUUUUUAAAUAAAACAUUUUUUCCUUGACUUUUUGGGGACUGCUGGAGCUUACCCGUUCUCCUACGCAAUCUUCAGACCCGAACUUCAGCCAUUAAACUCCAACGAAAGUCUGCAGCUGCAAAGUUAACAAUCUCCACAAAGAGACCAUGGUGAAUCCUGGAGGCAGCAGCCAGCCGCCGGCGGUGGGCGCCGGUUCCCUGUCCUGGAAGCGGUGUGCGGGCUGCGGGGGCAAAAUCGCAGACCGCUUCCUCCUCUACACCAUGGACACCUACUGGCACAGCCGCUGCCUGAAGUGCUCCUGCUGCCAGGCCCAGCUGGGCGAAAUCGGCACGUCGUGCUACACGAAAAGCGGCAUGAUCCUCUGCAGAAACGAUUACAUCAGAUUAUUCGGAAACAGUGGAGCUUGCAGCGCCUGUGGUCAGUCCAUUCCAGCCAGUGAACUGGUGAUGAGGGCGCAGGGCAACGUGUACCACCUCAAGUGUUUCACAUGUUCCACCUGCCGGAACCGGCUCGUCCCGGGAGAUCGGUUCCACUACAUCAACGGCAGCCUCUUCUGCGAACACGACAGACCCACAGCACUCAUCAACGGCCAUUUGAGCUCCCUGCAGACGAACCCUUUACUGCCGGACCAGAAGGUGUGUUAGGUGUGACCCAUGCAGGAAGCAGGAUGUGUGCCUUCAUGUUAGCCCUCAUUGACACCUGAGCCGGCGUGGAUGAGCAGCCCCCCCCUCCGCCCAUUCUCCACUCCCAGGCCCUCUACCCCCCCCCCCCCCCCCCGCCCCCUGGAAUCCUCAUCCCACCAGUGAAGCCCACCUUUUCUUUUUGCUGCCCAAACCCGACGCCCGGCCUUCAAGUCUCGGCUUCUCCCCUCAACACGGGUGGAUAUUUGCACUUACGGUGGCUGAGACAGGACGCCUGGGGACACUUUUGGAUGGGGCCGAGGCUGGGCGGAGUCUGCAGAGGAUGCUCAGACUGCAGCAGAGGAGACGGACUCCACGCUCCAAGAGUUGCAGACCUUCAGUGACAUUUGUAGGAGAAGCUUUUCAGUUUUCCUCUUCCUUUUCUAUCCUCAUUUCCCAUGAACUCGGUGUUUUCACUUUCUAUAUUUAAAGUGUUGUUAAAGGGAAACGUUUUUUUUUUCUUCUUCUUUCUUUUAGGUGAAAUAUAUAAGACGGGGUUUUCAAAAGUAUCCGUGGCAUUUUGUGGAACAGGAAUCAUGAACACUCUGUCGGUGUAUUUGUAAAACUACCAUGUAUGUGCAGUAUGCAUGUAGAUGUCGUCCAAGCGUGGCUACAGUACAUAUGACCCCUCCUCCUCGCACCUGGCUCCUCCCCUUCGACCACAGCAGCCUGCUCCUAGUCCAUGAUGUAGAGAUCAUUCCCAACCCAUAAAUGCUGAAUGAAAGAGAAAUUUAUUUGUGAUAUUUUCCGAGACAUUUGCUCCAGUACGGUGUAUUUAAUUAAUAAAACUAUUGAAGAUUUCAAA